AUGUCUUUACUUGGUAUGAUUUGGUUUGUACAGGCUGUUGUGGCUGCAGGAGGACGCUAUCUUGAGGCUCCUGUAUUAGGCAGUGUUGAUGCUGCUCAAUCUCGUCAGCUUAUUAUUAUGGCAGCCGGCAAUCCAGCAUUGUUUGAUGAAGUACAACAUGCUUUUGAUGCUAUCAGCACAAAGUCCUACUUUUAUGGUGAAACAGGAAAUGCUAGUAAGAUGAAACUGGUGAUCAACACCAUGAUUGUUGGAGUUACAGCAUCACUAUCAGAGAGUAUGGCUCUAGCUAAGAAGUGUGGAGUGAGUCAGCAACAGCUACAUGAGGUACUCGACUUUGGGCCUCUUGGCUCAAGGCAAAUUAGGAAUAAAGGAUUGGCGAUCUUGGAAGGCAAAUAUUCUGCUGCAUUUACUGUGGACUUGAUGCAAAAGGACAUGAGACUUGCUCUGGCUUUAGCAAAAGAGCACAAGCAGAAAAUGCCAAUCACCUCAGCAUCCACUGAAUUGCUCCAGCAGCUUCAAAGACAAGGUGACGGCAACCUGGACUAUGCUGCUAUGUACAAGAUACUCAGCAAGCCUUGAAGCAUUUACAGAGACAUGAACUACACAUCGUAGUACUUACUUCAAUUGUGACUUGUUAUCCACGACAGAUCUGUUCUACAGCUGUUGACAUUUUAUUGCUAAUGUCUGUGUUAGUCUACAGCAAUUCAAGCAGUAUCAUUUAUUUUGUCA